AUGGCUUCACUUACUUCCAUCGCCACGCCUUACCCAUCUUCAUCGCGAGUGAAGUCCACUCUUUUCUCUGCCGGAGUCAGAUCGGCAACAAUGGGUUCCGGUCAUACGACUUCAUCAUCAUCACUUGUCAAGAUUCGAUGCGCUUCAACGAAACCUGCAGCUGAAGUCGAUUGGAGACAGAAGAGAGAGCUUCUGUUGGAGAAAAGGGUGAGAAGUGUGGACGUGAAGGAAGCUCUACGGUUACAGAAUGAGAAUAACUUUGUGAUUCUUGAUGUAAGACCAGAGGCAGAGUACAAGGCGGGUCAUCCUCCGGGAGCUAUCAAUGUGGAGAUGUACAGACUGAUAAGGGAAUGGACGGCAUGGGACAUAGCUCGUCGUCUUGGAUUUGCUUUCUUUGGUAUCUUCUCUGGCACAGAAGAGAAUCCCGAGUUCGUUCAAAGUGUAGAAGCUAAGCUUGACAAAGAUGCCAAGAUUAUAGUAGCAUGUUCAUCCGCUGGUACUAUGAAGCCAACCCAGAAUCUCCCUGAAGGCCAACAAUCGAGGUCUCUCAUAGCUGCUUAUGUUCUGGUCCUGAACGGCUAUAAGAAUGUAUUUCAUCUUGAAGGUGGAAUCUACGCAUGGAGCAAGGAAGGCCUUCCUGUUGAAACUGAAGACGAAGACUAA